CUGGCUUGCAUCAGAAGAGCUAUCCAGUGCUGAACAUUUCUUUUUAACCGGUAAAGGAAUCGCUGCACACAGCAUCCUCUUUCUCUGUUUUUCUUUCUUCAUCUUAUUUUUUUCUUUUUUCUUUUUUUUGGGACGGGUGUCUUGAAGUAACUCACGGAUUACCAUCAAUCUUUUUUUGCUGUUACAGUUUCUCUUUUUUCAGCUCUUACAGUUUUUCUUUUUUUAGCUCUUACAGUUUUUCUCUUUUUAGCCUGUUCAGUUUUUCCGUUGCCUUUUUCAUGCUCUGUCUUGGGCUUGCCUUGCUGGCCAGUGAAAGAUGCCCCGCUCGUUUUUGGUGAAGCAGAUUAAGCUGGAUGAUUUCUCCUCGUCUGCAGUGUCCUCUGGUCACCACCACCACCUGGAUGAAUCCUACACUUUUGCACGCUCCAUCACAGAGUCCGUGGCCAGCCUGGGGGUACAUCUCAGUGAAAAUGGCUACAUUAAGGAUUACAUCACGCCCACGGUGUACCGGAGUGAGAGGCGGGCGGGGCAGAAGAAGUACUCCCAGUCCAGCAGCGGGGGGGAGGAGUACUCGGAGCCCGACAUGGAGCACCCGGACCUGGAGCACCCGGACAGCCCGCAGUCCGGCGUGACGGGCAGCAGCUUCCUCUCGGGCGAGGCCGAGGCGCUCAGCGAGGGCUACACCAUGGACGCCUUCUUCAUCUCCGACGGCCGCUCCCGCCGGAGGGUCAAGGCCGAGGAACCCGGCCGGGGCGAGGCCACGCCGGAGGCCGAGGAAGAGGAGGAGGAGGCCGCGCCCGGGGCGGAGCUGGGGCCCGGGGGAGUGCCGGGGGCCCGGCACGCCUGCACCGAGUGCGGCAAGACCUACGCCACCUCCUCCAACCUCAGCCGGCACAAGCAGACGCACCGCAGCCUGGACGGCAAGAUGGCGCGCAAGUGCCCCACCUGCGGCAAGACGUACGUGUCCAUGCCGGCGCUGGCCAUGCACGUGCUGACGCACGACCUCAAGCACAAGUGCGGCGUGUGCAGCAAGGCCUUCAGCCGGCCCUGGCUGCUGCAGGGCCACAUGCGCUCGCACACGGGCGAAAAGCCCUUCGCCUGCGCCCACUGCGGCAAGGCCUUCGCCGACCGGUCCAACCUGCGCGCCCACAUGCAGACGCACUCGGCCUUCAAGCACUACCGCUGCAAGCGCUGCAACAAGACCUUCGCCCUCAAGUCCUACCUGAACAAGCACUACGAGUCGGCCUGCUUCAAGGGCUCCACGGACGGAGAGGACUCCAGCUCCGAGAACUGAACCGGGGGGAAGGGGUGACCGGGGCUCUGCCCCGAUGCACCUCUCCGUACCCCCGUUUUCCGCUUCCCUUUUUUUUAGAAAGCAAUAUUUUUCAGUAAAACAGUAAUAACUAAAGACAGUGAUGACAAAUGAUGCUGGAUUUUUUUAACGGUCGCUUUAGACGUACACACAUGCACAUAUACACGCGCACUUGAGAAAAAAGGUAAUGAGGCUUGGCAUGUGAAUUCAUUUUUUAUCAACGACUGAAACUCUGGCAAUGACAGCAGUCGUGUUCUUAGUCCUGAUAUUUUUUAGCAAAUAAAGUGGGGGUGGGGGGCAUAUUGAAAGAAAUCUCUGGUAUUUUUAUGCUGUUUUUGUUUUCUUUUUGCUAAGAAUGAAAUGCUUUUUUUGCAACUGCUGGCUUUUUUAUGAAAAUUUAAAUAUAACAGUAUUUACAGGAAGUUAUUUUGCCAGAUUUAAGUAUUAAAUUAUUUAUGUAUUUAUUUAUUUAUUUAUUUAUGUAUUUAUUUAUAUUUAUAGAAUUUUGUGAUUUUUUUGUGUGCCAAUUUUUCCCUAUGCUUAUCAGACUACAUCAUUAUGAUGAACGUUCAGUCGAUAUAAAAACAAUUGUUUUGUUGAAGAAAGACUAGUAUUGACUAAGUGCAUCGCCAAAUGUGUGACACAAAUACAAGGAUCAAAACACAAUUUCGGUACUGGUCAUUAUUCCAAACUGUCAAGAUAGAAAUUUAUGUGAAUUCAGGUUUGCUGGGCAUUUGAUUGAAGCCUGUGCAACAGGUGAAGGGAGAGAAAGUUCUGGACCGAGCAAUAGCAGUGUGCGCGACCCACACCGACCUCUUCAUGCCUGCGUCAGGUGCUUCCGCAAUAAAGGAGACACGACCUAUAACUAUUCUUCCUCUGUCAUAACUGUCCAGUUUAAAUUCCUUUUUAUCGUUCCUGUGUGGUCCUGCUGGGGUAACACCACUGAGCACAACGAACAACCCGAGUCUAAUCAGCCAGGACUCCUCUUCCCAACUAUUACCUCAAAAGGGAAAAGCAUGAACACGACCCUCAAUUGCAAAGGAACUGUCCUUUUCUUUCAUCUUUUUUGUAUGUUGCCAAAAUUGUUUGAGACUUUGGACUAAUGGCAUCUUUUAGUAGUAUUUUGUAUCACUGGGGCAUUCAUUGAUUGAUGAAUUAUUUAUUUAUUUAUUUAUUUAUUUAUUUAUUUAUUAUGUAUGUAUGGCCAUUUAACAAAAUAACUUUGUAAAAUGCUGCUGAUCUUCAAAGAACUUGUUUAUAUGCAUGAAAAAAAAAAACUGUAGAACAUCCCCAAGGCUGCGGUCUUAAAAAUGAGCAAUGUACAAAGCAUUUAAUUGGAUGUACUUAAGACACAAUAUAUUUAUUCCACAGGAAUGAUUUCUUUUGUACAGCGACUGUUGUUCUACACUUGGCUUGUGGACAU